AUGUGUCUUGGUAAUAUAACUAAAGAAUACUGUGGCUGUUACCCAAUGAUAUCAUCUGAUGCCUACAGGGAAGACAUCAGUGAUGAAAUAUGUUCAGAAGAAAAAGUGACUUGUGAAAAGAUAGCUGAAGCAUUAGUACUGAGAAAUAAAUCACUCUUACAAGCUUGUAAUUUUGGUGGUUGCCCUCGUCCAUGCAAAACCAUCAAUUAUAAGUCAUAUGUGACAACAAGAGGGUGGCCUUCAAUGUAUUACACAUCAGCUUUAUGGAAACAAUACUUAAAUUGUGAUCAACCAAAGAGGGAUGGUGAUGCUAGGUGUAAUGUAAAUGAAUCUAACUACAAACAUUCCAGGUAG